AAUUUAUGCAAGGUAUCAAAUGUCAUUUCCUUAGCAGCGACUAGCGUCUCAACAGAUCAAACAUCAAACCACAAGAUGGCGAUGUGGCUGACUGGUUUGAUUUGUUCGUUGUUAACUGUUGGCUUUCUUGUCCUCGACACUCAGGCCGCAAAUGUUGCUCUUUUCAAGCCCACUAAGGCUAAUGCAACUUGUGGAUCUCCAGCGGAACCGUAUUAUAGCGUCGUGGAACGCUCCAAACAACUGAGGUUGAGGAAGCUUUCCGUCUGUGACUGCUGCAAUGCUUCCAAUCCUGGUGCAUCGCAUAACGCGUCAAAUAUGGUUGAUGGAAAUUUUGCAACGUGGUGGCAGUCUCCAGCAUCUGUAGAUAAAACAUCUAUUACAAUUGAUCUGAGAGGAAAUUAUCAAAAGGUAAGCGCCACCUGAGAUAAUAUUCGGAUUGAAAUUCUUCGCAGCUGCAUAAACUCGCGCGCAGGUUUUCAAAUCAAACGAAAACGAGCAAACUUCGUGUUCUUUGCAGGAUUUUUGUUGUUUGUUUGCUAUGUGAAUGUGCGUUUAUAGAAAAAGAUUUAUUCUGUAUCGUUCAUGGGGAGAAAUUCAGGAUUAAACCCAGAAGGAAUUCAUACAACCGUUAGCUGAUCGUUGCCAAAUUCCUCUGUCGUCUUUUUUGUAUCGGAUGGCAUGCUUCCUUGUCUAUUACCAUGGGAAUCACGUUCAAAUACAGCACCCUCAUUUUUAUCCUAGAUAUAAUAUAACUUAUGCUAGUAACUGUUGUAUCACGUUCGAUCAAUAUAUCUAUAUUUUUUCAAAAUUUGACCCUUUGAGGUAUAUCUUUAUUUUUUCAAAAUUUGACGCUUUGAGGUUUUGGUGAUGCCCUUCAACUUGUGUUAACCAAGGGGUCUGUCCAUACCGUGGAACCCUGUGUUAAGACGCACACUAAGGGGACCACAAUUUAAUGCCCAAAACAGACCUUUUAUUGAAACGUAAUUAAUAUUAGAGAAAUAAAACAGGACAGAAGCAUCAUCAAACUUUACCAUUCCUGUUUCCAAGUGGCGUAAGAUUUUUUGCGGUCCACUUGUCAGUACAAGUGUAUAGGGUGGUUUCACUGAAGAUGAAAUGCAAUUUGUAUCAAUCAAAAAAUUAUUAGUGAUAGUUAUCCAUUUGUCGAUUGGUUUUCAAAUAUCAGUUUUUAUUGAUUGCACUUGUCAGGACAGUAGGAGAAAUGUUUGCAUUGGUACUUGUGCAGCUACUGAGUUACAAAUUGAUUUUUGAGUGUGCUAAUAAAUUACUAUUUUUUAUUUUUUAGUUUUACUAUGUGAACCAGUUAGUCAUAAGAUUUGGUGAAUACUACCGACCUGGCCAACUUGCAUUCUACAAGUCUAGCGAUUAUGGUCAGAGUUAUGAGCCAUGGCAUUAUUUUGUUUCAAAUGUGGAUGAUUGUCAGGAGAAGUUUGGUGUGACAUAUAAGACCAAACCAACUGCAGUAAAUGACGUCCUUUGUAUGGAAUAUACAUCAGAAGCUGUUGAUAAGAAUGAUGUGGUAUGUUCUCAGGGUUCUCAAUAGAGGCCGGCACCCGACGUUGGUUGCUGCCUACUUUGGAAUUUGUAGCUGCUUAAUUUGCUUUUUUAUUCCUUUCCCUCCCUAGUUUAUGGUUACUCCGUUUGUCACAGCCACUUUAUAUUUAAGGUUGAGCAGACGUCUGUAUCAAAUCCUAUUGAGCGAGCACCCUGUGUUUUGUUACACAUAUGGCAAGCACUCUCUCCGCCACUUGGGACCCAAUCUCUGGGGAAAAUUAUCCCCAGACUUGAGAGAAGUUACCACCUGAAAAACAAAAUAUGUACAUUAGAUAUAGUGACACUAAUGGAUAAUGGAUGCAAGUGUUGUCAUCUCUGCAAUUCAUAGACACAUUUGUCAUCCUGUAGAUAUUACUAUUGUCAUUAAUUUUUUUAUACCUGCACUUAUAUUUAAAUAUUUUUUACUCUAAUUUAUAUUUAUUUAAUUUGUGUCCCCUAAUGAGCAUAGGUUUUUAACCUAAGCUAGGAUGCUUCUUUGGACAUCAUCAUCACACCUGUGAGCAGAGCCUUCUUUUGUCUUCUUGAUCGAGGAGGAGACAUGCAGACUCUGCCUGAAUCGCAUCAAACCUGCAAGGUCGCUGCAGCCCAAACUUCUGGACCAGUCAAUCUUGUUUUCUUUUGUCUAAGUGGUUUGUUUGAGUUCGAGCAUUCGUUUAUUGAUAAACCGAUGGUCAUAACUGAACCAGCUGUAGCAAGCAGAGGGCUAUUAGGCUACAUCCUAGCGACAGGUCACGCAUGCUCAACAAAGAUCUUACUUCAUUCAUGCAGAGUCUUUCUUGAGUACUCCAAAAUUAAGUAAGUGAAGAAAAGGCUCUCCUUGCAGGGUGGUUCAAUUAUUGAGUAUGUUCUUUUUUGUUUUGGAUAUAAAUUUUUAGCAGGGUGCAAAGAAAGUCAGUUUUAUAGCUUGCCAUUCGGGCAAGAUGCAGCUAACAUGUACUAGCCCAAAAGUCAUUUCAACCUGCCUGAAAAAAAUUUUGAGGAGCAAGAUUGAUUACAAGUUAUUCUUCUGUAAUUUGAAUUGGGCAAGUUAAGAACAGAAUAAUUAUUUACUAGCCUGGUAGCAAAAUCCACUAGCCCUGGGCUAUCAGUCACUACCUUCUUAGUAUAUUGUUUUAGUGUGAAUUUUAUCUCUUUUUAACUUCUACCUGGGCUUGUAAAAACUUGAAUUUGGUCUUGUCCUUUGGGCAAGCAGCUCUCACUUUUUGCUUCCGGGGGCCAUUUCUUACUCGUCUUAGUUGAUGAUUUUGUUGCUAGGAUGAUUUUCCUGGACACCUACCCACUGCUGGCAAGUAAGCUUUAAAAGUUAGAUGCCCAGCAAAAAAAUUUACUUGUCCUGGACUGCUGGAUGGGACUUCGCCUGUUCUGCUAUGAAACUUGAAAAAAACCUUGAUCACCAGAGACAUUAAUUUGUGGAGUGUUGUUGUGUAAUAUAAUGUAAGAAGAAAGCCAAUCAGGCAAGAGAAGACUAAGGCCUGGUUCAAACAUUGAAUUUCACAUGCAGUGCUGAACUUAACGCGAGAGUUAAAUGUAUGUGAAGUGCGAUGUUUGAAUCAAUUAAAUUUGACUGUUUAAAUUAAGUGCAAUGUUUGCCAUGUCUUAUCAUUUUCACAGAGAUUUCCACAUCAAUAACCUUCAGGUUGUUUUUCACAUUCAUUGGUACUGAUCCUAAUGUCCUCAUUACCACCAGAAUCACCUUUGUCACAUCCUCACAUUUUUCAAACCUCUCUCACAAGAUACUUCUCAACUUUCCCAUCUUCCUUUUCUCUCACCCAUCCAUCCUCUGGAAUUGCCACAUAUAUAAUUUGACAGUUCUUGUCUGUCUUCUUAAUGAACACUAUUAUUAUUAUUAUUAGUAGUAGUAGUAGUAGUAGUAGUAGUAUUAGUAUUAUUAUCAAAUUUACCAUGCUCAUAAAGUUCUCUACCUUUCUUCCCAGGUAUCCUUACUGUUGGUUGGUCCCAGGGGAGACGUUAAUAAUCCAUCCAAUGAUCUACUGGUUUGUAGAAACGUCCUUUUGAUGUUGUAUGCAACCACUCAGAGCAGCCAGCCAAGUUAAAGUUUUUGCUUGGUCGCCAUUUGGUGACCAAUGGAGACUUUUUUUACAAAUUAAGUUGCCAGCUUCAAAAUUUUAGGUGCCAUGGUGACUAAAAUUGUUGCAAGUUGGAGGGUUGACUCAUAAGAAAAUUUACCAGCCCCUCUGCAGCCUAAUAAUUAAGGCACAACUAUUGUUUUGAGAGCUGAAGUUCUAAUAUCAGGAGACCAAUAAUCCUUUAGUAAGAGGGAUAAAAAACUGUAGGUGUUAAGAUUACCUAACAAUGCCAAAAAUGCAAAAAAAUACUGAUCCAUGGGAAGCAUUUCAAAUCGCUUGUACCAGUUGUGUUGACAAACAUUCAGUGAACCAUUGUUGAUGUGAUGAGCAGUGUUGAUCUGAAUUUCUGCUGGUUCAUGAGAUAAUUCAUAUGCAUAUUGAUAUACAUGUAUCUUCUUGUAAUAAUAAAUUACUCAAGUGACUCAAAUAAUCAUCGGUUGUAAAGAAAUUACUACAUGAUGAUCUUUGGUAUAACUGUUUUGUUUAUUUUAAACUUACUGUUUUAGAAUUGGAUGAAUGUGACCAAUGUCCGUUUGCACUUUUUAUCACUGACACGGAUCUUUGACGUUCUGGCUGUCAAAUGGGUAUGAAUCGUAAUGAUAAUUAACCUUUAUGUUUAAGUUCUGUUGUAAUACAGAGACUUUUUAUCAUCAAGAAAACUAAACUAUAGUUAAAAAAAUUUUGCCAACCUUACUUUUAAGCUUCUGAACCCUAAUCUCAGCACACUGGUAGCCAUUAACAUAAUUAUUUUGUGCUUGAUGAUGAGAAUUUGUUGAACAGAAAAGAGUUACAGGUGUGAAGUUGCCUGUUAGCUUUGUAUUUACUUGGUGAUAAUUCUCUUAAGUAGUGAUAUUUUAAGAAGAAAGUAAAAAUGCUUGUCACUUUUUGGGUUUAAAGGGUGUACUGUUUUUUUGUUAAACAGCACCACUAUGCUGUACGGGAAGUUGAGGUUGAUGCCUACUGCUUGUGCAAUGGACAAGGAAAUGGAUUGCAGUGUUUUUAUAAUGCCACACUAGGAGAUAAUCAGUGCACAUGUCAGGAAGGUGCAUGCGGCUUAGACUGCGGAACCUGUUGUCCUGCUUACAAUCAGUAUCCAUGGCGACCUGGAAACAAAGGCCCUCUUGUAGCUGACCCAGAUGCUAGAUGUCAGCGUAUGUUGUAACCUUACUUUUGGCAUUUUUAAAUCCAAGUUCAUGUUCAUUUUUUACACUUGCAGUUAGGGUCUUGAAGGUCAAGGCUUGACUGACAGAUGGUCCAUUACAUCGUGAUAAUAACUGACCAAUCAGGGCACGGUUCCUCGAAAGAUGAUUAAGAAUAACCCAGGAUUAAGCCAAAUUUUAAGCAAGGUUUUCUUGUCUUUGAGCAUGCAACUGUCAGAGCUUACAAAAGACAAUUCGGCCUUUACUCCAAGAUACAGUAAUGAUAGCACAAAAUGUUACUCUCAGUAAUACUUAGGAACGAAAAAUACAAAAACGGAACAACAUUUUAAAUCCUCGAUUAGGACCAAUCUCCCUUUCAGAAAACGGGCCCAGGUCAACGAUAAUUAUUACCAUAAAGAGAACUGAUGAUAGACAAAUCACUUUGACUCUAAUAAGACUUUUGCACAGGUUUUCUAAAACAUUUGUCACUGUCAUCAACAGUCAUGAUCAUGAUUACACUCCUGGGCUGUUGUUAGCUUGUUAUGAAGCAGUGUGUGGUAGCAAGUGAGGUUUCAACUAUGACAUUUCUAAAGAAAGCACUUAUCAGUGUGUUCUUGAGCUUUCCACUUUGAUCACAGGUAACAUCAAGUAAUUGGUGAGCUCAGCUGUCAGCUCAGCUGCCAACUGAUCAAAACUACUUAUUUUGACUUUGUUAAAAUAAGACAUAUUUUCAUUUGUCUCCAGUGUUAAGUAAGGUUCAUUUGGGUCUGGUGUCAAAGCAAACUAAAUUGUUUUAUUUUUCUGCAGGUUGCAACUGUCACAACCAUAGUGCAGUGUGUGUAUAUAAUGAAACUGUCGCUGAGAUGAAUAAGAGCUUAGACAUUUAUGGAAAUUAUUCUGGUGGAGGAGUCUGUCAAAACUGCCAGGUAAUAAAAACUAAUUAACACAUACAUGUAUUUUGAAAGUAUAUUACAGUUUAAUUUGCUGGAUCAUGAAAACUAAUAAGUUAACUGUUAAAUAACUCUUCUUUUCUUUAGGAUAAUACUGAAGGAAUCAACUGUGAAAAGUGUACACCAUUUUUCUUCAGACCAAGCAAUAAAUCUCGCUGGGACAAAGAUGCUUGUCAAGGUAGUCCAGUUAUAGUGGAGAUUGCGUUAUGGUGUUUGUCACUUGACAAAGUUUUUGAAGUCUUUCUGACAUGUUUUCCAAACAUUUUUGAGAAUAUCUGCUAGGUUCAUUAUAUACAGUUGUCAAAAAUAAUUAUGUAAAAAUUAUAUAACAAUAACUAGUAGUAACUGAAAAUUAGGGGAGUGCUUCUAACAGUGAUUUCACUGAACCAUUCACGUGAUUUUUGUGCAAAGAAGGCUAAAAAUUGAAACUGAGGCAGAAUGUACAUACCAGCUCCUGGCCGAGAAAAAGCCCCUGAAAGAUCUGAUAGUAUUGUUUUGGUGUAUACAGGGUGCAAAGAAAAUCAUUUUUACAGCUUGCCAUUCGGGCAAGCUGAAGCUAGCACUUACUAGCCCAGAUGUCAUUUCAACUAGCCCCCAAAACCUUUUGACUAGCAGAAUUGAUUUCACAGUUCUUCUGUUAUUCAAAUUCCUAAAAAAACAUCACUUGCCCGUCGGCAAGUUAAAAACAGAAUUCACUAGCCCAAUAACAAAAUCCACUAGCCCCAGGCUAUUGGACACUACUUUCUUUGGAUGCUGUUAUAGUAGUAAAGAAACUGCUUUUGAUAAAUAUUGGCAGAGUCUCCUUCUGUAUUACCUUGUAUCUGCAACGGGAGAAUUUGAAAUUAGAUCAGUAGUCCCUUGGGGCCCUAACACUUUGAACCCUAUCAAGUGUAUCAAAAUUUAAAUUCUCAUUUGUCACCCCUAUACAUUCCCUAUAUAAAUAGUGGAGAGAAGUAGAUCAAGUAUAUAAAAAAAUUAAUGUUGUGUGGUCAUGUCCUUACAUGAUGACAUCUCAUUACAUCUUUUGUGGUCAUGUCGUUUAACUAAAUAUUUAUAUGUCGUAUUAACUAAAUCUUUUCAUUAACAUGAUGGCUGAACAAGAGAUCAAGAAUGUUAUUUCACCGAUACUUAGAGCUAUUUUAGUAAUGUUCAGUACUUUUUGAAAUUUGUAGCUGUUUCUCUGCAGUAAUAUUUUUGUUGUUUUUUUGGACAGAGUGUAAUUGCAGUGUUGAAGGAACUAGAAAUGUAACCCUCCCAGGAGUUUUGUAUCUAGACUGUAUAAGAGAUGACACAGUUGUUCCCCCUCAUCCUGGAAUGGUAAGCUAUGAUAAUGAAGUGAAAAAAAAAAACAAAAGAAAAUCCAUAACUUGUUGAAAGAGCAAAUGAUGACCUCUGUUAGAAAAACGUUAAAAAUGCCGGUCUGAUCAGUGCAAAACCGAUCGAUUUCUAGCAAAAUUUGUCCUGAAAAUAACCACAAAAUCGGCCGUUUUUUACCGAUUGCUUUUUAGUGAAGUUUUUCCGAUUUUUCCGUGAAUUUGUCCCAAAAAAUCCUUCAAAAUUUGACUUUUUCUUCCACGACCUAUCAGAAGCCCUGUAGUUAGAAAUCACGUAAAGGUGGUUUGAAACUGUGAUAGCAAGGAGAAAGAUGUCAAAUACAUAAGUAAAAUUUCUGCUUCCUCCUCAAUGCGUGAAACAACAGCUUUUGUAAUUUAGACUAGAGACAUGCGUACCCCGUCCUACACCGCUAACAGGGACUCAUAACAGAACUGGCAGCUUAGUCUAUUUUGUCUUCAGUGUGAUAUCUACUUCAUUAAAAAAAUCUUACUCUCAAAAUUCUUAAUGCGUUCAACAUAGCUGCCCAGGGAGUAAAUAUUGUUACAUUAAUAUAAUAAUAUAUAAUAUUAUGUUGUGGUUAAUAAUUUUAUCUUUGGUUGACAUUUUAUUUUUCUUAAUGUUUCAAACUCAUUAUCAUACAUUACCAUACCCCCAAAAUAAAGGAAAAUAAAAUGUAGACCAAGGAUAAAAUUGAACCACAACAUAUACAUGAAGACAUCUGAGGUCAUAGUAGGCUGCACUGAAUUUUUUCAGGGACCUGGAGACUGUAUCUGUAAAAACAACACCAUGGGAAGACGGUGUGACCUCUGUAAACCUGGUUACCACAAUUUAUCAGCAGAAAAUCCUGAGGGGUGUCAAGGUAAUAAUAUGAUAUGAUUAUAUACUGUUAAUUAAUAAUGUUAAUUAUACCGCAGCUGAGUGCAAUGCAUAACCUUGAGUGUUAAACAAAGAGUGCAGUACACUGACUGAUGUCAUUAUUAGAAAAUAUCUACCUGCCAGGUCUCAUUUCUUACAGGAGAGAAAUUUUAUUUGGCUUUUAUGUGAAUGGUUGUCUGGGCUUUUAAUAUUGCAUUCUUUUUAAUUUUAGAAUGUACCUGUCAUCAGCCUGGAACAGUGAAUGGAUCCAAUGUUUGUGAACCUGAUAUACAUGGUCGCUGUACAUGUAAGAAGAAUGUUGAAGGACCCCGCUGCUUAAGUUGUAAAGACAUGUUUUAUGGCCUCAGUGCAGAUAAUAUGAAUGGCUGUUCAGGUACUUGUCCUUUGUGAAAUGAAUAAAGUCAGCUGUGUGGGUUAUAAAGAAGAAUUUACUCGGUGUCUCUCUGAAUAUACGCUGGUCGAUAAUUUAGGAGUUUAGCAUCCUGAGAUACCAAAGGAAUUAGUGCUGAUCUGGGCAUGGAAAGAAACCUAUCCUUUAUAAUUCCCUCCUCCGCUAUCUAACUUGUGUGAGCUUUUAGAAUAAUAUUAUUGCAGUUUACUGCAUUAUAAAGGUGCUUAUUAAUACAUGUAAUGUUUUGCAGGUGUUUUGAACAAGAUAGCUUUAAAAGAAUUAUUUGUCUGUUUGCAAGUCAAAAGUGGUGACUGGGUACAUGUACAGUGUAGUUGUAAAAGGGAAUUCCUUUACUAAAACAAAAGAAUGUGUAAAUGACACCAUCUUAAAAAUGUAAUUAUGCUGUAAUUCUUAAAUUCAAUUCUCUUUUCAGAGUGUGACUGCGAUGUUGGGGGUUCAUAUGGUCCAGUAUGUAAUAAGACAACUGGUCAGUGUGAAUGCAAAGGGAACAUAACUCAGCGACAGUGUAACAGGUGAGAAGCAUAACUAUGAAUCUAAAAGUAAACGAACAAAAUAACAAGAAGUUAAAAAGUACAUGUACCCAAUUAAUUUUGAGGAGGACAAACUAGCUGCGUUAUUUCUGUGUCUUAAGAUUAAAAAUAAUGAGUUGCAAAAUGCAUGUAUUCAAUUUGGUUUCACCUUUUGAAGUAACUCUGAAUAUGAAGUACAUGUAUAAAAUACAUAUAAUAGUUUUGUUUUAUUGUUGUCUUAUAAUUAUUAUCCAUUCAAAGAGCAUUUACCAAUCAUCACUGGUAAGAUGACCUGUGUACAAGUUUCUCCCUUGGGUCAUGCCUGAGUCAUAUUGACACAUGCACUGUGUAACAGCUAGUACAGUGCUUUCAGGAAUAGCCAGGGGCUGGGGAUUUCCCUCAGCUACUAUGAGCGUGACUCCUGGCUACUUUACAGGAAACAAAAGGAAAAUGGAGCCAAAGGAGCUUCCCAGCUACCUAGCCAUUCACUUACUCAUUACUAAUUGCAUAUGCACAGCAACUUACUAACUUGAAAUCUUAGUGAUGGAGCCCUGACAGUGUGCCUGUAGCUUCACCAACCAUAUUGCAUUGUCCUAGUCCAGUUUUCUCCUUCCUUUCCCCCUUCUCUCUGUGUUUCUAUCACUUCUCAGGUUUUUAUGAUGGGUGCCUGGAUGCCUUCCAUGGUGGCUCAACUGAUGGCUUGGUUGUAGGGAUUGCUUUCCAUGGGAGUGGCACUCAGGGGUCUAGGGGCUGCUGACUGGUUGGCCUCCAGUGUACACCAACCUCCAUUUAGCAUGCAAUGCAGUUAAGUCAACUUAUUAAUUAAAAGAUGUGUUCCUCUUUUUUUGUUAGCCCUCGAGAUGGAUUCUACUACCCAACUCUGCACUUCAUCAGUGGUGCAAGCUCACAUAUAGUUACAUCCCAACAGGUAUGAGCAUUUAUCAGGUUUACAUUAUUUUAAUUGUCGAUGUUAACAUGCCAAUGCAUCCCAAUAUCAGCUGGCAAAAACCCAAUGACAUUAUCCACAAUAUUGUUCAAUUUUUUGUGUUGUAGGGAAAUAAAACGUGGACAACAACAGUCAACAUUGUUCAAGGAGUUAGGUCCAGUGGCUUGUUUACUCUUAUUCUCUCCUACACGAGUGCUUCAAGUGUUGUUGUAGAAAUCAGUACAGGAUCUAGAUCUGCUGAGGUGUCCCUCAGUAGCUGUCCUCAGCGCUGUUAUUUCAACUUGUCAACACUGUUUGGAGAAAUGUCUCUCACUGGUUCAGUUGUUGUAAAUGUGACCUAUGGAGCAUCCAUAACUCAGUUUACAGCACUCAAGAUAGUGGCCUUACCACAAGAAUUUUAUCAGCCAUCAAUACUUCAGAACUCAACAGGAGAGGAUUUCUUGGCCAACUGUUCGGUCAUAGACAAUGACAUGGGAGUUGGGACUGACAGGGAAGAGUUUUGCCUGGCACAAGUUUUCUCCCUUGUUGUCAGUUAUCUUGGGAGAGCUUUGCGUGAGUUCAUCAUGUACCUGAAAUUGAAAUAUCAUAGAAUGAUCUUUAUUUUUAAACUACAGUAUAAUCGUGAGCGAUCUUGGUAGAAUCUUCAGAAUUUAAAUUUUGUCAAGAUUUUCUGUCUUUAUAAUUUUAUGGAUUUUAUUAGUUUUUAAACCCCCCAUAAUACACCUUGUUCACCCUCCAAAUUUUGCACAAUUCAUUGUGUUCAAAUGCUGUUGGGAAUAUGCAGCCCUACCAUGCCAGCAAAAUUUGACAGCAAUGGUUCACGCUAAAUUUUGGGGGCAAGUAGAGUGUAUUAUGGCCCAUUGGAAAAUGGACUUCUAGAAUACAGUUGUCAUAUUCGCUAUUCACUAAAUGUAUAAUUAUUUGCAUACUUUUUCUUACAUUGCUACAUGACUGUAAUUAAAUAUUUCUGUUAUUGUUGCUUGAUCAUUGCUUGUAGCAUGUGAGUGUGAUGGAACUGGUUCAGUAAACAGUACAUGUCAGAAGUACGGUGGUCAGUGUUAUUGUAAGCCUGGAGUAACAGCAAGGACCUGUAACCAGUGUAUUCCUAGAUUCUAUAAUUUCUCCUCACAGGGUUGUUCAGGUAGGAUAUUAAAAUCUGAAUAAGUUAGUUGUCUCACUUGCAGUUAUUAUACAUAUUGAAAACUUACUCUUCACAGGGUAAUUAGACAAUAUGAAAGUUCCAUUUGAUGGCCUGGGCUUUUGCAGCUACAAAACGCAGGUCACAAGUGCAUGUCAGUGGCACUCUAUUGAUAGAUAUUAAACUGAGAUAAGUAGUUUCCCCUUAGAUUUCAGAUUGUGAUUUGGCUAAUAUCAGACAUUCUUAGUGUUGUUUAUUCGCCGUGGAACAGUGACUUGUGACCUGUAACCUGUGACCUGCUAUUUGUAGCUGCCACCUGGGCUAAAGUGAUUAGCUAGUUUUUGGGGAUUGUAUAGUUGGCUCUAUGUUUAGUUAAUCGUGCACCAGUGAAAAACUGGAUAACUGAUUUACAAUGCACCUUCCUCAAUCAGAUGAUAGAGUAAUACUAAACCACAGGAUGGAAUAUUAAUUUUUUUGAGUGAUAUGUUUUUGUUUUUGAAAGCUUACUGACUGACUGAAAAUUUGUUUUGCUAAUUUUUUUCAGCUUGUGGUUGUGAUGGAGAAAACAAAGUUUGUGAUUCCAGCACUGGGCAAUGUAUGUGUCCUCCUAACACUGUGGGUCGUACAUGUGGCCAGUGCAACUACACUUACUGGGGAUGGAAUGAAACUGUUGGUUGUCAGGUAAUGUAUUUAUCUUCUUCCAAUUUGACAUGCUCAAUGGUGACGCAGUAGUUCAUGCACAUUGUUCCACAGAUAAAGACAGAAACUUAACGAGUAAGAAUGCCAAUUGGCCUGAUUUGCCUAAUAUGGCUAUAAAUGUAAUUUAAUUAGGCGAGGCUAAACACUGUUAAGGACAAUUCAUUUUGCUCACAUUUCCAUUUGUGUAUGGUCAUUUGGGCCAUUUUAAGGAUUAUAAGGAGUUGAAUUCAGGACUACCAAGAACAACUCCAGCUAGCGGCCAGGCCCGGGUUGCUUGAAGCAUGGUUAGUGCUAACCAGCGUUAAAUACCAUGGAAACCUAUACAUUUCGUACCAGUUUUUUUGCAGACUUUAAGACUAAAAUACAGGAUGUUACCUUCAUGUAGAUUCUUUUUGCCUGACAUACUUCAACUUAAAAUUGUAAAUUGUAAAUGAUAUUUUCUUUCCUUGCAUUUAAUGUAUAUAUAUAUUUUCUAUACAGUUUUUAUGUAGUGUCAGCUCGAAGAUAUUAGCUUGUUAGCUACUCUAAAAUUCGAGUAUAAAUAAAGUUUUAUGUUAUGUUAAUUUGAUACCUCUUAACCAACGGUUAGCGCUAACCAGGCUUCGAGCAACCGGCCCCAGAUAAGGACUGCAGAGUUGUAGCGGUGUAGCUUCCUAAACCCAGGCUCCAUCAUGCUGCCUUGAUUUGUUGGAAUUACUCAGAUUACUGUAAUGUAAGAUUUAUUUAUUCUUUAGGCAUGUAACUGCAGUACAAUUGGAUCGAGUAAUCUCCAAUGUAAUCUCACCUCAGGAAUUUGCAGGUGAAGUGAAUUAUUGAUCACCUCAAACUUUUGAAACC